CUUUUCGGGAGCUGACUGUGGAGGUUGAAGACGUCGAGAAAGACAGUUGAAGAUAAGUUUGGACCAGUGUUUUCAAAGAUGGGGUCCAUGGUGAGAAGCUAUAUAAGCUGGCAAUGUUCUGGGACAAGUUUUUUUCUUUUAUCAUCUUACUGAGUGUCAUAUUAUCUUGAUUGCUUUUUGACCACUGGCUGACAGCUCUUUGAUGGCUUUUUGAUAACUAUUAGACCACUAUUAAAUCUGCCUUAUUAUGAUCAUAAUCAUAUUCAUUCGACAUGUCAACUCAAAUGCAAACUAUUUCUUCUGAUUUUUUUGUUUUGAAUCAGUUCAGAUCAAAUGCUAGCCAACUGCACAUCAACAACACAAACAAACACAAUGUUUCGUUAAUCAAGGACAUCUUCACUGGUUUUCUCUUAUCAUUCAAACUAAAUUAUAAAAAACUAAUCAAUGACUAUUUUUUUGUUCCAAUCGGUUGUUGUAUCACUUUAACAGUGUCAUACGCAUUGAAUUUAUUGAUCAAUGUAAUCAAUUUCAAGUUUCCCUCCUCUGUCUUGUUAAUGAUCAUUAUUUUUUUUGUUUUGACUUUAUUAACAUAUGUGGUCAAUAAAUUCAACAAUCUUAAGAAAUUCAAUUUAUACUUGAAAAUCUUCAUAUCGAUUAUUGAAGUUCCAUUUAAUUUUUCCAUCAACUGGAUUAACAUCUUUUUUUUACCAAGUUUCAUAACAUUGCCUUUAGCUGAGGCAAUUAAAGUUAAAGAAGGCAUCUAUAUCUCAUUGGUGUUCAUCAUAGGUUAUCUCUUGAUGUUUGCUGUUAUGGCUUAUUUAGUAUAUUUCUUACAGAUUCUAUUAUUGAAAGAUCAUAAAGCUAAAAGAUCAAAUCUUACACCUUCAGGUUUCAAUCAUGAUAAUAGUACUAAUAAUAGUGAUAUUGAGUCUCAAAUUCAUAGUGAUAAUAAUGAAAAUAUCGACAAUCACAAAAAAAAUGGUAUCACUAACAGAAAUGAUGAUAACAUUAAUAAUCAAGGAGUUAAUAAUAGUAAUGAUAUUGAAUUGGACUCUCUCAAUUCAAGUAAUAACCCGAGUAUAAUUGAAGUUAUUCAUCUUCAGCCAAAUAACCAUUUAAAUAAGGACAGCCUCGAUAUAAACACCACAACUUAUAAUGAUAAAAACGCCAGAUUUAAUAACCAAACAUUUGAGGUAACAGAAAUUGAAAUUCCUCAAAAAACAGCUGAUUUGAAUCUAACUUCAACAUCAAAAUCCUUAAACGAUCCUUUACACAAUUUUAAUAAUAAUAAUAAUAAUAAUAAUAAUAAUAAUAAUAAUAAUAAUAAUAAUAAUAAUAAUAAUAAUAAUAAUAAAACUAGUAAUACCAAUAAUACCAAUAAUACCAAUAAUACCAAUAAUACCAAUAAUACCAAUAAUACUAAUCAAAUAUUACAACAACAAUAUAACAUUCAAAACCUACCCGAUCGUUCAAAAUAUAUUGCUACUUUGAUAACCAAGUAUUUUGAUUGGUUUGUCUAUUUUUCUUUAUUUAUAAUUGGUUUGCCAAUAUAUUUUACAAAAUUAAAUUACUCACUAUUUUUGCACUUGUCAAUUGUGGUAUUAACUUUUAAAUCUGCAAUCUUGGUCCCCAAACGAUUGCAAAUUUAUUUCCAUCCAAUUUUGAUUUCUUUUCCAAUUAUAAUCUUAUUGAUUUUCAUAUUCAGUAAAUUGAAUUUCAAUAAUGGCGAUGAUUUCUUUAAUAGCUUGGAGAGUUUCAAAACCGGAAAAAAUUACUUGAAUUUAUUUAAUAAUUCAAUGCUCUAUAGAAAUUUGAAACCUGGUGCCGGUGAUAUUUUAAGCUCUUUAAUGGAUAUAAGUAUUGUCAGCUUAUCAUUGCCCAUGUAUAAAUAUAGAUAUGACUUGAAAAAACAUUUUUUCAUUUUAUUAAUUCCAAUUUUAAUAUGUUCGUUUGGGUCUUUUUUCAUUUAUCCUCCAUUAUGUUAUGCAAUCGGUAUCAACUCUGAAAGAUCAAUUGGAUUUGUUGGCAGAUCUGUCACUUUGGCACUAGGAACCCCAUUAAUUGAAUCACUAAAUGGUUCGGUGCCACUAAUGGCUGUGUGCACCAUUGUUUCUGGUAUUUUAGGCGUAUUGUUUGGUCGACAGUUGCUAGGCAAAUAUUUCUUAAAAAUCAGAGACGAUGACUAUGCGACCAUUGGAAUAACUUUAGGCACCAACUGUGGUGCAAUAACAACUGCUCAUCUUUUAUCGGUGGAUCCACGAGCUGCUGCUAUGAGCAGUUUGAGUUUUGUUUUGUUUGGAACAAUAAUGAUUAUUCUAAGUGCCAUAACCCCCUUGGCCCAAACAAUUCAAGACUGGGUCAAUUUGUGA